CAUAGCACCAUGCCUGAGGGAGCCCGUCGGGGCAGCAAGAAGAAAGCAGGCAAUCAAGUGGCCGCCAGACCAUCCUCCGUGUCCUCGCUGAGCGGGAUCGCCGGCGGCAUGGCCGCCGCCACCAUCUCGGGUAGCUGCACCUCGGUCAAUACGGUGUGCUCGGACGGCGAGCGGCCCGUCAGCCUCAGCUCCUCCGCCUCCUCUGCCUCCCUGCCCGACAGCCAGAGCGCCUUCGGCAGCAGCGGGGCCUUGGGCGGGGGCUGCCCCGCCGGCUACCCGCCCGACGCCCAGCAGAACGGCAGCGACAUCAGCCUCGAUCUCACCCCGGUGGCGCUGCUGGAGGGGCCGGCCGAGGGGCCCCCGGGGGGUGCCAAGCGUGGCGGCGGCGGCAGUGCCUGGUCCCCCGGGCAUGCCAGAGCCAGGGAACGCCGGGUCAAACUGUCCCAACUGGACCGGGUGGUGCUGGAGAUUGUGGAGACGGAGCAGGCUUACGUCCGGGACCUGAGAAGCAUUGUGGAGGAUUAUCUUGGCUGUAUCAUAGACAAUGGACACCUGCCCCUCAAACCUGAGCAAGUGAGCACUUUGUUCUGCAACAUCGAAGACAUCUAUGAGUUCAACAGUGAGCUCCUGGAAGAGCUGGAGAACAGCAGCAGUGCCCACGCCAUCGCUGAGUGCUUCGUGCAACGGAGCGAGGAAUUUGACAUCUACACCUUGUACUGCAUGAACUACCCCAACUCGGUGUCGGUGCUACGGGAGUGCAUGGAGAACCAGGUGCUGGCGGGGUUUUUCCGGGAGCGCCAGGCCACGCUGUGCCACUCCCUGCCCCUGGAGACCUACCUGCUGAAACCCGUCCAGAGGAUCCUCAAAUACCAUCUCCUGCUGCAGGAGCUGGCCCGGCACUGUGAGCGGAGCAGCGCGGGCUACGAGGCGGUGGAGGAAGCCACCAUCACCAUGACGGCUGUGGCCUGGUACAUCAACGACAUGAAGCGCAAGCAGGAGCACGCCGCCCGGCUGCAGGAGCUGCAGGGGCUGCUGGUGGGCUGGAUGGGGCCGGAGCUGGAGGCCUUCGGGGAGCUGGUGCUGGAGGGGCAGUUCCGGGUGCAGCGGGUGCGGCGGGAACGUGCCUUCUUCCUCUUCAGCAAGAUGCUGCUGGUCGCCAAGCGCCGCGGGCCGGCCUUCGUCUACAAGAGCCACAUCUUCUGCUGUAACCUGGCCCUGUCGGAGAGCCUCAAGGACCCCCUGAGCUUCAAGAUCUCGGACCUCACCAUCCCCAAGCAGCAGCACGUGGUGCAGGCCAGGAACCAGGAAGAGAAGCGGCUGUGGAUCCAUUACCUGAAGCGCCUGAUCGUUGAGAACCACCCAGCGUCUAUCCCACAGAAGGCCAAGCAAGUGCUGCUGGAGAACAGCUUCCAAAGCUCCCCGGAGAUCCGCUGCAGCCCAGAGCCGCUGAAGACGCCGGCCCCCUCUCCAAGGAUGGAGGAUGCCUGGGGCUUCCCCCGCGGCAGGCGGCAGUCAGAGCCGCCCAAAUUCAUGUGCAGCCCGGAGAGAGCCCGCAAAAGCUGCCCCGUCGUCCAGCCGGACGGCGCCACUCAGUACCGCCGGGGGCGCAGGCAGUCCGAGCCGACCACUGAGCUGAGCCAGAUGGGGCAGGAGCAGAACGGUCGCUGUCGGGGGCUCCCAGCCACCCCCAAAUUGAAGCACGCGGGCAGCGAGGGGGAGCUGUUCCCCGCCCCGCCGCCCCUGGCACUCUCAGGUAGUGUCUGCACGCUGGACUCCAGCGUGGCCGAGGAGUCGGACCCCGGCGAGGAUGCCGAGUCACCCCCGUUCUGCCUGGCCGAGGAGCCGCUGUCCAUCACCGAGGAGAUCCUGGAGCUACUCAGCCAGAGGGGGCUGAGUGGGGACCUGGGGACAGAAGAGACGCCGUGGGGGCAAGGGGAGCAGCGCCCUGGGAGCCCCACUCCACAGCCAGAACAGGAUCCGCCUCUGAGCCGAGCCGUGCUGGAAGAACGAGCCGAGGGAAGCGAGUUUCAGGAGGCAGAUGCCACAGGGGGAGACGAGCCCUGCUGUGGCAGCCUCGGCUUGACGCAACCCCUCCCGCCGCGCCAUCCCCCCCAGAGCGAAUCGGAGGAGGAGCAAAAGGAGGAGUGGGGCCCUUCCCCACUUUGUGUCCUAGAAGACCUGGGUGCAGAGGAGGCCGCCGGCAAGCCAGAGGUCCUGGCAGGGGAUAACACCCUGCGUGCAGGGCGGGAAGCGUCCAGCGGGGAGCUCGGCUCCACUGAUGGGGCCUGCCCCCCAUACGGGGAUGGGUCAGCGCGGGACUCGCCGCUGACCCGAGACGACCGGCUGCUGAUCGAGAAGAUCAAGUGCUACUACGAGGCGGGCGAGGCUGCCCCAGACGCCCCCGCUCGGGAGGGUGCCCUCUCCGCCCCCACCGGGGUGGUGCGGGAUUCUGUGCUCCACCUCAACCGUCUCCCCCAGCAGGAGGGGGCUAUGGACUGCGAGCGGGGCAGGGCUUCUUGGGCCAAGGCCCACCCUGCCCGCCAGGAGAAUGCUAGGAGGAGGUGGGGCCAGUUUCUUGACCAGAACACCACCCCUCAUGACGCCGACCAAGAGGAUUCUGGGAAGGGUGAGGGCCCGGCCUUUGAUCAAGACACUCAAUUUGGGGCCAACCAAGAGGCCCACGAGGAUGCUGGGAAGGGACAGGGCCAGCCAAUCAACCCAGACAUCCAUGGCGCCAAGCAAGAGGAUGCUGGGAAGGGGCGGGGCCAGCUCAUUGACCAAGGCACCAAAGCUGACGCCAACCAAGAGGAUGCUGGGAAGGGGCGGGGCCAGCUCAUUGACCAAGGCACCAAAGCUGACGCCAACCAAGAGGAUGCUGGGAAGGGGCGGGGCCAGCUCAUUGACCAAGGCACCGAAGCUGACGCCAACCAAGAGGAUGCUGGGAAGGGGCGGGGCCAGCUCAUUGACCAAGGCACCGAAGCUGACGCCAACCAAGAGGAUGCUGGGAAGGGGCGGGGCCAGCUCAUUGACCAAGGCACCGAAGCUGAUGCCAACCAAGAGGAUGCUGAGAAGGGGCGGGGCCAGCCUGCCAGCCAUGUUGCCCCGCCCCCUGCCAGCCAGGAUCCCGAGUACAAGUCGUGCGCGGAGAUCCGGCGGGCGUGGCGGGAGAAAGAGCGGGGGGCGGCGGACGCCCUGGGAGCGCGCACCCCCCGCAUGAAGCUGGGCAGCAAAGGGCCGGCAGCCACCCGUGAGCCCCCACCGUUCCUGGAGCCCCUGUGGAUUGUGGAGGAAUCGGAUCUGGCUGCCCCACCCCGGCUGCCCCGUGGCGACGGGGUCCCUCGGGCCGAUGGUGUCCCGCCCGCCGGCUACGCCCCCCUGCCAGGGCUGUACGAGGACACUGCCCCUUGCCUGCUGGAGAACUCGGAGCGGAUCCUCAGCAAGGUCCAGGCCCUGGCGCGGAUGUACAGCGAGAAGAUCAGCCGGGCCAAGAUGGCCCGGAAGACGCAGGACGGGCCGCGCCGCCUGGCACCCAGCAGGAUAGGCACCCUGGAAAGCCUGCGGGAGGAGAUGCCAGGGCCCUGCCUCCCUCUAUGCGAACCCCGGCUUUACGGCCAUGUGCUCAUCCGUGAGCCCCCCAUGCACGUGAACUGCGUCCAGGAGAACGUGCUGCUGGUGGCCGCCGUCCGAGGGAACGCCCUGGAUCUGCACAGUGACAGGCCUGCACCUCUUCUGGCUUCCCUGUGUCUGGGUUUGCCCCCGGCAGAGGAGCCGGGAGCCGCCCGGCAGGAGCUUCCCGCCCCGGCAGCUGUUCCACCUCCCCCCUCGCUGGUGGAACUGCCCCCGAAGCUCAGCGGGGACCCCCCGAGCCCAGGCGAUCCGGUUGGGGAAGGCCCCGGCAUGGGCAGCUCUCCCCCGCCAGCUCCCGAUGCUACCAGUGGAACUGGCAUGACACCCGAAGCCGGGGACUUUGAGGGAGCCGGGUGCCUGUCGGUGCUGGGCUGCCAAGCCGGGCUGCCGGCCUGUGGGCGCCGGGGUGAGCCGAGCGCCGGGGAGGUUUCCGCAGAGACGGCAGCCUCCUCUCCCUUCUGGGAAGCAGCCCCGAGCCAGCAGGCGCCGGAGGUGGCUGGGCCGGUCCCAGUGGCCUCCCCCAGCCCUGCGACAGAACGGCAGCCUGCGUGUGUCGGCACGUCCGCCGAGCCUGACCUGCUGGGGCCAGGCCCCUCCAUCCCUGGCGCUGGCCCCCUGGAGCCAGCGGGGAAGCAGAGUGGGCCCAUCACCGUCCUGCUGCCAGAGGAGCGGGCCCUGGCUUUGGGCAGGGAUUCCCCACCUGGCACUGAGGAGCUGCUCCCCCAACCAUCGCUGGGGCCUGUCCGCUGCGAGACAGGAGAGGCGUCCCUGCCUCCUGCGCCAGACCCCAUCCCGCCGGCGGCACCCUCCAGUGCUGCAGGAUCCUCAUCUCUGCUCCACAGCAAUGCCCUGCCCCUGGCAGCUCUGCCGUCCUGGGGCACCCGCCUGCCUUCCCGGGCCACGGGCGUGGCACACCCAUCCCCGGAGCUGUCCUCAGCUGCAGCUGCCCAGCCCAGCCGCUCCGUGGCCCGGUCAGCUCCAACUUCGCCCAGCUCCGGCCUGGAUCGCAGCCCCCUCCCAGCUCUGCCACGCCUCCAGACCUCCUCCCCGGCACACCGGCGCCUCUCCUCCAGCGCCGCGGCCAUCUCCAGGUACAUCGCCGCCUCCUGCAUCAGCCAGAGCCUGGCCAAGAGAAAUGGUGCCUCCUCGGGGCCACCUGACACCCAGCCUCCUGCAGCAGAGACUCCGGCACCCACCAGGCCUCUGCCUGCUUGCACAGCCAUCCCGAGACCAUCCUGCCCUUUGGGACCACCUGGCACCCAGCCUCCGUUGGCAGAGACCCUGGCACCCACCAAGCCUCUGCCUCCUUGCUCAGCCAUCCCGAGACCGUCCUCCUGCCCCUUGGGAGCACCUGGCACCCAGCCUCCUGCAGCAGAGACUCCGGCACCCACCAGGCCUCUGCCUCCCUGCUCAGCCAUCCCGAGACCAUCCUCCUGCCCCUUGGGGCCACCUGGCACCCAGACUCCGUCGACAGAGACCCCAGCACCCACCAGGCCUUUGCCUCCUUGCUCAGCUGUCCCGAGACUGCCCCCUGGCCCCCUAGGCUCCAGAGCCCCAGCACCCCCAUCUGCACCAUUCCCCAGUGAGAAGGCCAAUGCCUGGUCUCAUUGUACCAGCAAGCGGGACCCUUCCCAGCUCAGUGUCUGCCCUUCCCCCUGUGCUAGCCCUGGGUCGCCCUCUGCCCCGGGCUGUUGCCGCGAUUCCAGCUGGCUGGGGGAGCCCAUCCCCUUGGUGUCUGGCUCGGCCGUGCUGCUGGCCUUCGACCGUCUCUCGGGGAUGUGCCUGGCCCCCCGGGCUAAGCAGCCCACCCCCUUCUCCUCCACUUCAGAGCCCAGCUCCAGAGUCCAGUCUCCAGCGCCAGCCUGCCCCCGGGUGUGCUCCCCGCCUCCCUCCAGCCAGCGCCCCGCAGUGGGAAGAGGUGGCUGCGCCCCCCUGCGGCCUUGCUCCUUCACCCCCUUGCACGUCCCCACCCAGCCUUCCACCCUCCGCCUCUCCUCCCCCCUGCAGCCCACCUCCCACCUCUCCGCCACGUUACCUCAGCCAGGCAGGAGGCCGAGGGGAAACCCCGAGAGCCCCCCGUUCCCUAGGGAUGGAGACAGGGCAGGGUUCAGGGCACCCUCUAGCAACUCAGCCAGUCCCAGCCCUGAUGAACUGGAUGGCAUCAAGUGGCCGGACGUCCCCAGCUUGCGUUCCAGAUACACUGACCGGGCAGGCAGCAUGGGGGCGCCGGGCUCACCGGAGGAGUAUCCCAAAGCAAGGGUGGACUUGGCUCGGGACACGGGACCCCAUCGGGCCAGCUACUCCACCACCGUCAAUAUCCAGAUCGGGGGCAGCGGCCGGAUCGCCUCCUUCAGCAACGCUCAGGUCAGCCUCACCCACCCGCUGCUGGCGGCGCCCGGGCAGCACAGUGCAAGGCGGAUCAACGGCAGCACCUUAGAGACCCCGCAGAAAACGUGACAGCGCAGGUCGAGCAGGGGGGUUCACAGCCAUGGCUGCAGGAGCGCUCCCAGCUCUGCACGUGCCCGGGGACCAAUGCUGAUAUAUUUCUGGGGCUGGAUGGUAUGUAGGGGGGAUGAAUUGUUACUGACCCACUGGGGUUGACAGGGGUGGGGCCAGAUCCCCAGCUAGGGUAAUUUGGCCCUACUCUGUUGAAACCAGUUGAGGAUCCGGGCCCAUUGAUCCCAAUGGAAUGAGGCCCAUUGACACCAGCUGGGGAUCUGGGUCCACUGACCCUAGUGGAGCGAUGUCCAUUGACACCAGCUGGGGAUCUGGGCCAAUUGACCCCCAAUGGUAUGAAGCCCAUUGAUGCCAGCUGGGGAUCUGGAUUCCUGAGUGACUUCAGAGGCACAGUGGGGUGGAUAACGCAGCUGAACUCAAAGAGUCCCGUGCAAUUAAGCAACAGUUUCCAGGCCAGGAGGGAUCAGUGGGGCCCAGUCUGUAAAAGCUGUGUGCCCCCAACUGAUUGUGGUGGUCCUGGCCAGGUACUCACAGGCCAACAGGUAAAGGGCUUUCUGCCCUGCAAGCCCCGUCAUGAUGCAGAUGGCAUUCGGUUCUGGCUCUGGGUGGUUUUAACCGCCAGACUUGUUCCUCGGCGGGUUGGGCCUGCAUCGGGACCAAAGUGAGUGGGGUGGGUGUUUGUAAAGAGGAGUGCGCACUAGAGGGGACACAGAUUCACACAAAAGCCUAGCCAGCAGGGGGCAGGAGCGUGCACAGGGCAGUACAAACAUAUGCACACCUCCUUAGCCAGCACGGGGAUCUGCACGCGCACCCGCCUAGCCAGAAGGGAGCAGUGUGGACCCACAGAGAGGCAGCAGGAAUACACCCAACUAUUUUCCUGCUUUUAAGUGUGAAAACCAAAGUGUCUUCCGGGCCAAAUCCUUGCUUCAGCCAAACUCUCCUUGAGGCAGCCCAGCAGAGCGAGGGCAGCAGGCAUGGGGAAAGCCAUUGUCCUGGUACAGAGCCGCCAGCCCCGCCGCAUCUGUCCCCGUUAAGUUGUAUGGAGCCCGGCUCAGAUCGCUUGACCCAGAGAUCAGUUUCAGUCUUUGGACUCUGGCGCAUUGAGAUGCUGAGCUGUGUCAGCCACACCAUCCCUAUUGUGCCUUCACUCUGGUGUUUGGGCCUCCCCCGGCAGAAACCCAGCUCCACACGAGUCCCUCUUAAACCUGCGCGAGCUGUUGGCCAGGGGUUGUAUUCCCAGUUCUGCUACAAACUUCUAGUGUGUGAUUGUGGUCUAGCCACUUAAUCUGCCCUGUGCCUCAUUUUUCCCCAUGGGGAUUGUGGACUCUUUGGGGCAGGGUGCGUAGCUUGCUCUGGGCACAGCAUACAUCUCAAUUUUCCCAGGUGCUUCUGUAAUUAAUCUAACAUAAACUGAAACUACAGCUCUGGUGAGCUGAAGCUGGUGCUGUUCAGUCUCCGUGCCCUCAAAUGUGUAGGAAGUGGACGUUACUUUCUCUGCAAGGGAACCACAGAUGGGCCCUCAACACUUGCUUAAGGGUUGGCCUCAGAGUGUGCUGGAAAUGGCAAGGCAGCCAUGUCCGUCUCUUUCUGAGGCCUAAACACACCUUAAAUUCAGAAAAUUUGCCCAUAAAAAUUGCAGUGGGACAGUUGGGUAGAACUGUUUUUUUUUAAAGUAUUUGUAUCAGAUCAACAUGGAAAUCACUGGCUCAGUAUCCAUUUAAACCAGCUGGGAAUCUGGCCCCACUGUGUCCAGUGUAAGAUGCCCCAUUUAAAUUAGGUGGAUCUCCAGCUCUUAAUCUCUACAGAGUGGCAACUGGUCCAAAUUACUCCAGAAUGAUUUUUCCCCCCUCUGUGCCCAUAAAACCUGUAACUCAAAACCACCCCUCAGUUUCUUCCCAGCUUUCCCUGGAGCUGAGUUGCCGUGAGAUUUUAGUCGAUCUCUCUGACCAAUUGAAGAUGCAAAAUAAGUUUGUUUAAAUAUUGCACUUCUAUAGUAAAAUCCCUCCAGACAUAGCAAUC